AUGCACGGGUACAGGGAAAAUGAUUUCUACAGCUCAGAGGCUGAAAAGGCUGAGUUCCAAAAAAAACUUUCCCAGGGCUAUGUGAUUCUAGACAAGUUCAUCCUCCAUCUAAAUAAUAUGUCUAAGCAGCCGCUGUCUUGCGACGUUGCCAAUGACGCCAAAAUUCAAAAAAUGCUAGAUCUUUCAGCGGCGCUUAUAGGCUUCAUCGGCGAAUUUGCCCCUGCAUGGUCCUUCCGCCGUUGGUACCUGACUCAGCUCUUGCGCCAAAAUGCGCCCGUACAAGUACUAGAACAAUCCAUAAACCGAGAAAUAAAUUUGCUAACCGACACCAUGCUUAAGUAUGCAAAAUUUUACGCGACCUGGCAGCAUCGUCUACUCCUAAUAUCUCAGAUUGCUUGUAAACUGUCUGCAUCCUUCUAUGAGAGUGUAUUGGCCAAAGAAUUUGUUUUUAUUGAUAAAAUACUGGCUAUGGACGGCCGCAACUUUCAUUGCUGGAGGCAUAUAAACUAUCUAAAGCAAAUGACACCAAACCUAACUUUCCAAAACAAACUAACGUACCCAGAGUAUCUAACGUAUCUAAUCAAGGAGGAUUUUUCAAAUUUUUCAGCCUGGCAUGAGCGGGCACUCCUUGAUGCGUUUGAUACCAGUGAAGAAAUUGAUAUGUUACACGAGGCCAUAUAUACGGACCCAGAGGACUCUUCCAUUUGGGAAUACUACAAGCACAUCCUAACCAAAUAUACCCCGCUAAGGCUUUUAAAAACUUGGAGAACUGGCGGUUCUGGGGGCAAAUCCUCUGUUUACCUUAUGUUCUCAGACUACGUAACUAGGCUGAAAAUUGCCGAAUGUGACGACUCUGCUGGCGAAUAUACGUACGAAUGCGUGGAAGGCGAUGCGUUAAAAACCCCAUCUGCCUACUCUCGCGUUUGGAAGAUUAAUGGGGAGUUUAAAAUUUUAACUCAAGUGACAAUAUAUGCUGAAACGUACGGUAAAUGCACAGAUGUCUUCUACAAACGGCUCGUUUCUACGGAUGCAAUCACUAGUGACAACAAAGUUACUCACAAAUUCGUUAUAAAUGUGAAUGGUGUGAAUGAAAAAAAUGUUGUUGAUUUUGACAAAAAAAUUGACCAAACCAUAGUGAUUUCUGAGUUAAAUUUUAUUGACCAAUUAUUAAAAAUCGAGCCCAAUUCAAUGUAUCUACACUUGGCCAAAAUAUUCAUCCUCAAGCACUCUAGGGAAAAUUGUAUGAACCAGAUUACAGAUUGCUACUACAAGCUUAUGCAGCUGGAUACUGCUAGAGUUAAUUACUAUAAACACGAAAAUUCCCUAUCACAGAUAACAGCCCGUUUGACGGAAGUUUCUGAGCACAUUGACAUUUCUGGUAAUUAUUUAUCAGGGAUCCCUUACGCCCUCUCGGUAAAAUUAUUCGGCUGCCAAUCCCUAAACUUAUCUAAUUGUGGGCUGACUUGUUCUACAGUGGAUGGAUGGCACAUACCACUGAUUAGAACGUUACAAAUACUUGACAUUUCUAGUAACAAUUUGAACAGCCUAGACACUUUGACAACGAGCGUAGUAUUGCUGGACGUUAGGGGCAAUCCUUUAAAUGCUUUAAAAAGCAGCCCUAUAUUCAUUACUGAAAAGUUAGCAUUUGAGUUUAGAAAUCCUAAUUUGAAAAUAAUAGUGGCCGACGCGAGCAAUGACGGGUGGGAUUGGGCUGCGUAUGCGGGGGCGGAGUGGUUGUGUACCAUUGCCAACGAGGCCCUAUGCACCAUGACCAAUUUGUCGCCGCUGCUGGCCAACUAUUUGACACGGUUAAGUGGCACUCAGAAUUUACUAAUUAGACAAACAUAG